AGGGCGGGAGAAACAGAGAGAGAAAGGAAGAGAGACGCUUUCAGAGCUGCAGGUCUAAAAGUCGAGGACUGAGGAACGGCGCUGAGGAAGGAGCUUAAAAGAAAAAGGAACAAAAUAACUCGAAUAAAAGGGAAACUGCUGCUGCUUCGCUGAUGAUCACAGCUUUUUGUUGUAAAAAGAAAAACCAAUCUAGUGUGGGAGACGGUUUGAAUCAAGAUGAUGAAGCUGUUGUCUCAGCUCUGCUUCCUGGCUCUAGCUACUUCUGCUGUUUCAAAAAGACUAAAUACGAUGAUACCUUCUGUAGCUCCAGUUCCAGCAUCUUCCGCUCCCACACAACCAAAUGACACGAAAACGGCCAUGGAUGUUAAGAAAAACGCCACGGAAUAUUUUAAUGCUUCGACAUCUAAGAUGGACCUUAAUGGAACCAUGGACAAGACGAACAACGCAUCAGCAUCAACUCCGUCACCCCCAGCGCCCCAGAGCCCAACCUCACCACCAGUAACCACGCCAGAAGAAGAAAGCAGUGAAGGGUUGACCUCUGCAGCGACUACAGCGUCCGCAGCAGUGGCUCCAGGCCGUUCAUCUUGGGCUUACAUCCUGCUGGUGUUGAUAAUCAUCGUGAUCAUCGCUCUGUGUGUCAUCCUCUACAUGCUCCGCAGGGCGUCCAGGACGUACUCGUUUGACCUCCAGCGCCCUCCGGCCUCCAGCAGUCCGUACGAACCAACUGGCACCUUUGGUCAGGUCUACCUGGAUGACCUCGACCAACCGGCUAACAAAGAUGUGAUCUCGGAUGAUCUGUCCCCCACACCGGUACCCAACGGCACCGGCCCACAACCGGAGGAGAACGCAGACGGGGAAGAGAACGCUCUUCAGGAUCCACCAGAAGCAAACAACCCGCAGAGAUCUUCGUCCUCCUCCUCCUCCUCCUCCAGCAGCAGCUCGUUAUCGGGAGGCGACCAGGCAGAGACGAAAUCCAACCAGAUGAGCAGCAACAACUUGUUCUUCGAUGCAGUUGAGGAGACGCAGCCGCAGCAACAGAACGGAAACAACAACAAUCCAUCCGUUUGCUCCACCGACCCAUUUGUGGAAAUAAACCUUGACGAUCCGGCCUGGUCCGAUCAGCUCCUAACUUCUCCGCCGACCUCCUCGGUCCUCCCCUUCUCUUCUAUCUCCUUCUCCUCUUCCUCCUCCUCUUCAUAGCACCAAACAUUCCCACAGAAGCAGAGACUCAACGUCCUUCCCACCAGAAUCAGCAGAAGGUCUUUAAAAGUUUCUCUCUCUUUUCGUCAAAAUGCCUCCCUGCUUACUUGAAACGUCAACAAGCUAAACACCAAGCUAACCCAAAGUCAGCUUGAACUGUGUUGAUGAUGAAAUGUUAUUUUUUCUCAAGUGGUUUUAUUCUUUUUUUUUACAGACAAUUUAAAAAAUCUAGAAAAACUGCAACUUGCAACAUCUGAUGCCGUCGAAUCAAACUCUGUUUUAGUUUAGCGUUUCUAACAGUCAUGAGUUUUUAUGGCUUUCCGUUUACACAUUAUCGUUUCUCAAACUAAAUAAACUAAAUAAAGACUAGAAGCUAAUGUCUCCUAAUUACCGUCAAUAUGUACAAUUUUGUAAAAACUUCUUAUUAAAUCUAUAUUUUGUGCCUCACAUCAUUACAGAAACCCGAAAGCUUUGAAUUUCAAAUCUAAUUCUGAAGAAUUGUUUUUAUUUUAACUAUUAUGAACAAUUUCUUUACUGUACAGAAGUAAAAAUAUGCAGCCACUGCUUUAAUUAAUGCUCUGAUCCAAACUGAUAAGCAUCUGUGGAACAUUUUUUAUUUACCAACUUUAUUAUGUUAAUUGAAAUGAUGUCGUUUUAUCAUUACCUGACCUUUAACAUGUAUAAAUCAAACUUCCUGUCAUUGAAGCACAUUGUGUGAUGGUUUUUAAAAUAAAAAUGUUUUUUUGUUGGUUUUAAAAUAAAAUUGUUUUAUUUUAAUAAAACAUU